AUGGCGGUGGGUGGCAAUGCAAAGGGCGAAAGCCCCCUACGAGCAGCUUUUUCAAUUGCUGUCCCAUUAAUUGGGGUUGCUGUUGUGCUAUUUAUCAUGGCUUUAGUUUUCCUGAAAAGAAGAUUGCGGAAGAGUUAUAUUGCUAUGGCACUGGAAACAAGUGAUGGAGUUGCUGAUAUCUUCACUGCCGAAUCUUUACAGUAUAGCUUAACUGAAAUUCAAAUUGCCACAAAUAACUUCUCUGUGGAUAACAAAAUUGGCGAAGGUGGAUUUGGUCGUGUAUACAGGGGUGUACUUGGUAAUGGACAAGAAGUAGCUGUUAAGAGGCUGUCAAGGAGCUCAGGGCAAGGUGCAGAAGAAUUUAAAAAUGAAAUUGUAGUAGUUGCAAAGCUUCAACAGAGAAAUCUAGUUCCACUAUUGGGAUUUUGCCUGGAAGGAGAAGAAAAGAUACUCAUCUAUGAAUUUGUUCCUAACAAAAGCCUUGGCUACUUUCUCUUUGAUCCAGAAAAUAAACGAUCAUUGAACUGGUCAAGACAUUACAAUAUCAUUGGAGGUAUAGCAAAAGGACUUCUUUAUCUGCAUGAGAAUUCUCGUCUUAAAAUUGUUCAUCGUGAUCUCAAAGCAAGCAAUAUAUUAUUGGAUGGAAAUAUGAGCCCAAAGAUCGCAGAUUUUGGCAUGGCAAAGAUUUGUGGAGUUGAUCAAUCUGAAGGAAACACAAAUAGAAUUGCUGGGACAUUUGGUUACAUGGCUCCUGAAUAUAUGAGACGGGGCCAGUUUUCGACAAAGUCAGAUGUAUUCAGUUUUGGGGUCGUUAUUUUAGAAAUUGUUACAGGCUUACUAUGUGUAGAAGAAUAUGUCAGUAAAAGGCCUACAAUGGCUUCCCUGGUCAAUAUGCUCAAUUGUAGCUCGGUUACCCUACCAACUCCACAUCGUCCGGCAGUUUUCUGGAGCCAUGGAUCGGAAAGCAUGGUGGAAGAGGUGGAAGUUGAGCAAUCUAAUACCGAAAGAAUUUCAAUUCCAAGCUCUGUCAAUGAGGCAACAAUUACUGAACCAUACCCCAGAUAG